GGCGGUGCUGGGGGGCGGCGGCGCGGGGUCUGCCGGGAAGGGCCGGCGGGGCGAUGGCGGCGGAGCGCGGCCGGGCCGGCCCCCCGCGGUGGCGGCGGCUGCUGCGGCGGCUGUGAGCGGCGGCGGUGGCGGCGGCGGCGAUGCGCGGCGCUCCCGGCGACGAUGGAGGACCGGUCCCACAAGGUGCUGCUGGCGCUGGUGAUGCUCUUUCUCUUCGCCGUGAUCGUGCUGCAGUACGUCUGCCCGGGCACCGAGUGCCAGCUCCUGCGGCUCCGCGCCCUCAGCCCCGCCGCCGUCGCCGACCCGUACCGGGCGGAGGACGAGACGCCGGCGCGUUUUGUUCCCCGUUUCAAUUUCUCUGCCGGCGACUUGCUGCGGCGGGUGGACUUCAACAUCAAGGGGGACGACCUCAUCGUCUUCCUGCACAUCCAGAAGACGGGCGGCACCACCUUCGGCCGGCACCUGGUCCGCAACAUCCAGCUGGAGCAGCCCUGCGAGUGCCGCGCCGGGCAGAAGAAGUGCACCUGCCACCGGCCCGGCAAGCGGGAGACCUGGCUCUUCUCCCGCUUCUCCACCGGCUGGAGCUGCGGGCUGCACGCCGACUGGACCGAACUCACCAACUGCGUCCCCUCCGUGGUGGACAGCAAGAAGGAGGUGCGGCUCCGGCCCUCCAGGAAUUUCUACUACAUCACCAUCCUGCGUGACCCCGUCUCCCGAUACCUGAGCGAAUGGAGACACGUCCAGCGAGGAGCGACGUGGAAGGCGUCCCUGCACGUUUGCGACGGCCGGUCCCCAACCACCGAGGAGCUGCCCAGCUGCUACACGGGGGACGACUGGUCAGGCUGUUCUCUGCAGGAGUUCAUGGAGUGCCCCUACAACCUCGCCAACAACCGCCAGGUCCGCAUGUUGUCCGACCUCAGCCUGGUGGGAUGCUACAACCUGUCGGUCAUGCCCGAGGAGCAGAGAAAUAAGGUUCUCCUAGACAGUGCCAAGGAGAACCUGAAGCGGAUGGCCUUCUUCGGCCUGACCGAAUUUCAGCGGAAGACUCAGUAUCUCUUUGAGAAGACUUUCAACAUGAACUUCAUCUCCCCAUUCACGCAGUACAAUAGCACAAGGGCCUCCAGCGUGGAGAUAGACCAGCAGACUCAGCAGCGCAUCGAGGCCCUCAAUUUUUUAGACAUGGAGUUGUACGAUUAUGCAAAAGACCUGUUUUUGCAGCGGUACCAGUACAUGCGGCAGAAGGAGCACCAGGAAGCGCGGCGGAAACGCCAGGAGCAGCGCAAGAUCCUGCGGGCGAAGCAAGCGCGUCUGAGGGAGCGGGGAGACAACAGCUCCAGCACUGACUACACGGGGAACGUGGAGCGGUGGCGGCGGUAGUGGGGGGACCCGCCGGACACCCGCAGCCAAGCAGAACCCGACCUGCGAAUGGGAGACGAACGAGGAGUUCGAACAGAUCACGCUUCUCAAGGGUUCGGAGCAAAAAGAGGUUAAAACGUUGCCUUUGCAGUUGCCUUUGCAGUAAAUGUUGUACUGUACGCGGAACGCUUAAUCUUAGCGUGUAAUUAAAUUGUCUUUUUUAGGUUUGUUGGAUUAUUUAUGAAAUACAGGAGCCAAAUAGGCUCAUCGGAAAUGGUUGCUUGGACGUUUAUUUAAAAGGAAAAAAAAAAAAAUCCUUAAAUUAGUUAUGAGUACAAAAUGGGAUGCUGGAAAAUGUUUAUGAUGCUCGGCUGAAAUCUAUCUGGGAAGCAAACUCAUUUCCUAAUAACGAGCAGUUAGCAUACUCUCACAAUACAGUAUAUGAGCAAAACCUUUUCCCUUUGAUUUUAUCUUAAUUUUAUUUUAAUAAUGUGUUUUCAAGGGCACCAACUGCUUAUUAUAUUUACCAAGUUAAUGAAUGGACGAUGAAGAGAACAAAAGAGAUCUUGAAAAAUAUUGACUAGUUUUAUGUAUAAUAUUGGCUUUUAAAAGGAAUAGAAGUAAUUUCUCUAGUUAUAUAAAUAUUUAAAAUUUUAAACUUUUUUCUACCUACUGCUGUUUAGAGUUUUAAGCUCGAUCUAUCUCAUAUUUAAAAAAAAGAAAAAGACAUACAUAAUUUUCUGAACUGAAUGCCAAUGUUAAAGACACUGUUUCCAGAAUUUUUCAGGGUAGUAUGAUUUUAACCAUUCUGGAAAAUGUAUAGCACAUCUUCAUGUUUCAUAAAGCAUUUUCCAGAUUAUAAUCCCAUGACAGUGUCUAAUUUUAAGUCUUUCUUACCCAUUAGAAUACAUAACGCUGAAUUUAUCAUUCCUUAAUAAUUGGUGAUCUAAAAUAGAUGAAAUUAUGUUGCGGCUAUUUGUGUAGUGUCUUUAAAAAGUCAUAAAACUCUCUAAUCCCAGCAAUAUUAUGAAGAGAAUUGCUCAACGGAAGAAGUAGAUUUAUGCUUGAAUUAGGAUUUACUUCCAGUAAAUCUUUGCUACACCAGAUAAGAACAGGGCUUUUUUUUCUCCUGUGCUCUCGAGCCCUUCUCAGCGAUGACAGAUGAGCGAUGACUGACACGGUGACGGAAACCAGCCUUGCCAUAGCCAUAGUUGUGCAGGGUGAGCAGGUUGCGCGGUGCAGGAGCUGGACCUGGACCGGCUCACCCGCAGCCCUUCGGCCGCACCGAGACUGACGGGGGAGCAGACGGGGCAGGAGGUGCGAGGGACUCCUAUAAAUCUCUAUGCAAAAAUAAAACAAAAUACUCUGCAAGGCUUGGGCUAUAUACAUUCAGCAAGUUCAGAAAUUGUGCGCGCAGCCCGCGGCGCUCCCGAGCUCGGCGCUGACCGGCCAGCUCGGUGCGGGCGCGCGGUGACGGAGGCACCCGGAAAGGAUGCGCUUCGUCCCCAUGUGCACGAUGCUUACACGGCUCACUUGCACUAUUGCCUUUCGCCUGUAAUAUUCUGUACACCGAUAGGGCAGGGAGGCAUAAAAUGAGGCAGAAGGCUUUCCAAACAUCUUAUGGCUCCACGCCUAUGUGACAGUUGUUUUACAUCUGACGUUGUGUUGCAACCCGGGGGGCAGCAAUCCUACGGGGGCAAGCGGAGAGCAAAGCAGCAGCAAACCAAUACCCUGCGUUAGCAGCUUGAAAAAGAGAAUAACUUCAUGUACAGCAUUUUUUUUUAAAUGAGAACUGCAGUUGCCAAUAUGAUGUCUCGGUUGUAUUUUGGUUUUUAUGGGAGAAAAUAAUUCACUCUUAAAACUGAAAGGCACUGCUGUAUACAGGACUUAACGGUGGGUGAGAUGCCUGUUGCAGAAGGUGCAUUUUGUUUUUAUGCUGUGGUGUGCAUGGUUUACAGAGACUAGUUGCAUUUUCUUUGUGUAUACUGUUUAUUGUAUAUAGGGGAUGUACGAAUAUAAGGAUACUGUUUUGUCAUAACCAUAUCAAAUUCUACUGAUUUCCACUGUAGACGCUGUCUUAUUGUGUAGAUUUACAGGCCGAUCCACUGACUUUGAUUGUGUAAUUUAACAAUAGAACUGAUAAAUAAAAUUUAACUACAGUC